AUGGAUGCAAGUGAAGAUUUAAGAGAACUUGAAGGGAGCGUAGAACUGACGAAUGACUGGGAAAGUGAUGAUCUGGACUUUUCUAGCGAUUUUGAAGUGGAUAAUUUGCAAGUGGAGGAAGGAACGGAUAAUUUUAAAUCUCAAGAGUCUAUCCAUGCAAACUGCGUGGAUCGUGAAACGUUUGAAAAAGAAAAGCAGGCAUGGAAGGAGGCAAUGGAGGAGAUGUCCCAGCGCUUCAGUCGCGCGACUUCUAUGCUGGACAGCAUGAAGUCGAUAGCUCUGCGAGAUCAGGAGAGAAUCGAAGAGCUAGAGAGAGAGAAUCGGGAAAUUAUGCAAUACAAAGAAACGUUCACUAGACUUCAACAGCAAAUCGAAGGGCUGAACACGCUCCUUUACGAAUCAAACGAGGAGAGCGCCUCCUACAGACAAAAGAUCAACGAACUGAAGGAUAGGGUUGCAGAGUUGGAAGAUAAACUAUACGGACCUACAAACUACUAUUACCAAGAGUUUUUAAAGUGCCAAGACGAAAUUGAAAGUCUCACGAAGGAAUGUGACUCCUACAAGAACCAGCUCCACCAGGUGAAGGACAUAAUGCGAGACAUGAUUAUCGAAAAGGAGAAGGGACCGACACAGGAGGAUUUACUCAGAGAGCGCGAGAAGUUUGCCAAACAAGUAUCUGCACUAGAGCGUCGUAUUGAGCAAUUGCAGGAAGAAAACGAAAAGCUUCAAGCAAAGUGA